AUGCUGCUGGCUGCUUUGCUACGAAGCCCUCGCGCGUCGCUGCCCUCGGCCGCCGCUGCUGCUGCUGCUGCUGCUGCUGCUGCUGCUGCAAUGCUGAUCAAUGCGAGCGCUGUGACGGGCAGUGCUGCCGGGUGGUCGAUGCAGCCGAGCCACGCGCGCGGAUACGCUGCUCCAGCAGACAAGAAGAAGGCCAGCAAGACCAAGGCGGCCGUCGAUCCGUCCCUCCAUAUUGAUCCGCAAAUCCUGUCGACGACGUGCUACGGGCUCAACAUCUUGCAAGGCCAAAAGGACCCCGCGCUCAAGCCGCACGAUCAGUACCCGGAAUGGCUGUACACGCUGCCAACGACGCCUGUUGGCGGUGCUGCUGCUAGUGCUCCUCGUGUAUUGACGCCCGCGUCGCGUGCUUGGUGGCGGAAACAGAGCAAAGCUAAAAUCAAGGAAUCCAACCAGUCGCGCAGCGGAAGCCAAUAACGCAUUGUGCACUGCAGCUGCUUACUGCUGCUGCUGCUGCAACUGCUACUGCUGUCGUCGGAUCGUGGCGUGUGUUAUCAUACCUGUACUAAAACCCUGGUUUCAUCAUGUAUUUUACGCGCAGUUAGUUCCGCUGCUUUUUCCAUUCCAUCCAUCCUCCAACGACUCACAAUCAGGGACUAGGACACCGAAACAUCCAGAUGUCAUAGCGUGGUGGUCUGCAGUAUUGUUGCUUAAGAUUCAACCGAGUGCAUUGUUACAAGACAAUAUCACAAG